GCGGCACACAACCGGUGAUUUGCUUGGCCACAACUUUCCACGCAAUUCUCGAAAGAACCGGAUUGAGUCUACAAGCCACAUGACAUUUAUUUUAUUCAUUGUAUUGGUUCUCGUUGAAGCCAUGUUUUAUCACAGAUUCUGGGGUGAUUGACCGAUCCGCAACAAGGAUCAAACAUCUCGUCCUCUUGCAAAUAUACGUACGUACUGCACAUAUAGUCUUUAGAUCCUGAUUCGUGCAUUCAGUUAUACAUUGUGAUAUGUCGGGUCCAUGAGCCAAGGUAGCAUUGCGUUUGUUCGGGACAAACAGAACAAGGUAUCCCAACCCAAAUAUAUCAUGAUGCCGGCCUAUGUAGACAACUCACGUUGCGUCGUCAUACCCCAGUCGCCCAAGUCGUGGCUUAGAUCGAAUAGUUCAAAAUGCCAUAUAAAUAAAUACCUGAUUAGCUGCCUAACAAAAGCUUUCCACCUGGUCUCUCUUUGUUAAAAUACAAUAUUUUGUCGAGCUUCCUAUCCUCCCAUAAGCAUCUACAAAUCUACAAGCAGCCUUCUAAUAGGGCGUCAUCGUGUACAUACAGCCAAUAUGAUCUUGACGGACAUCUUUUCCAUGAUCCUCCGCCUUGCGGAGUUGGUGUUUGGAGCUAUUGUCGCUGGAAUCAACGGACAGUAUCUCCAUGCCGUCCGAAAUACCGACAGUUGGGACCAGGGCCGCUUCAUCUACACCGAAGUGGUAGCUGGUCUCGCAAUUUUCCUCUCCAUCGUCUGGCUCUUCCCGUUUGCGGGCAGCUUCGUUCACUGGCCUGUCGACCUUCUCAUUUCCAUUUGUUGGUUCGUUGCCUUCGGUCUUUUAGUUAAUUACCUCGAUGGUGGUUGUGGAUACGCCUUCGAUUGGGGUAAUGUUUCCUUCCGCCGCGGUGAUCAGUGUGGAAAAUGGAAAGCUAUCAUUGCAUUCUCCUUCUUGUCUGCCAUUUGCUGGCUCAUCUCAGCAAUCGUCGGCAUCGUCUGGGUCCGAGAUCACGAGGCCCGGGCUUACCGUCGACGAAGAUGGCGUGGAUCCCGUGUCUAAGAUACCUUACUCGAAAUAGCGCAAAAUCGAUCGGGGUCCUAUACCUCGUACUCUAUAAUACGCGUUGCACUUACGAUUCGGGAGACAUCACACCAAGUCCUUUUCCGGUCACUUUGGCGUAUGGUUUAGUAAAGUCCAAAAAAAUCAUUUAUUUUUCAAUUUGAUUAACGAAUUUAUGAGAAUGAGGUAUCUGGUUGGCGUUGUCGGAUGUUUUUAGGAUGCGGCUUGUGGCUGAUGCUCUUUAAUGACAUUGAUGAUAUUGAGCUGGAGCAUGUAAUAGCACUAUGAGAGAUACCCGUAUUAUUAAUGAAACAAUAAUAUUAAUAUUUACCA